UGACACUGACACUGUCCCCAUCUCACCAACGCAUGUGUGUAUGUAUGUAUUGUCACCCUAAGCCAUGCGAUCGUUUGUGCUGCAAAAUGGCAAGGGAGGUGGCGCCCCUCAGCUCCUCCCCGCACACUUCACACUGCCACACCUCACCCCUCCCCACCGCAGCACCAGCAGCAGAUGCAGCAGAUGCAGAUGCACUCACGCCACCCACCAUCUCCCCUUCUGCAGCAGAAGCGGCGGGGGCCGCCCCCUCCGCCUCUCCCUCUCCCUCUCCCUCUCCGUCUUGCGUGGUCGCUUUGCCGCACUCCUUUUUGUGCUCGGCGAUCUGUCUGCGGUUGAAGCGAAACGUUUUCCUGCAGGUGGGGCACUCCCAGCUGACGGCUAUCUGAUCGGAGGCCAGCGACUUCUCCACGCUGAUGGUGCUGUAGAUGGUGUUGAAGUGUAGCCAAGGGCACAGCUCCACCCCCUCCCAGCCCUCCUGCUGCUGCCCUGGCUUGUGAUUGGUGUCGUCUCCCGGCUGUUUGCGGAACGCCUCAUACUCCCGCUCAGUGAGGCUCUGCGGCGCAUACUCGAGAGGCUGCUCGAAGAACUCUAUGAGUGUGGCCUCCAGGUCGCUCUCACUCAUCGGCUGCGGCGGAUCCGAGAACACCAGACGCAAAUCCCGCGGCACGCUGCAGCCAGCCAGCCAGGCAGACCAACAAUACAUUUAUUACACACACAAGCAAGGGAAGUAAGACGGGCACGGAGCACUGGACGACGCACCAAUCCAUGCGGCUGGGUGUGAGCCUGUCUGUGUAGUCUGUCUCACCUGUCGGGCAGGUCCUUGUUGCCCCAGUCGACAUCGGUGCUCUCCCAUAAGUCCUCGCUCUCCUCCUGUGCCUGACCCCCGUCACCCACCUGGCCGCUGAAUAUCCUCUGCACUGUGGCGUCCUGCCGCACCAGGAGGUUCCACCGGAGGGUAUAGGUCAGACGCAGGAGUGGGGCCACCACCAGCAUCGGCUGCGUGAGCAUCACCUGGAUCCAUCCGUCGAAGAUGAGCAGCGAGAAGUCCUCGUUGGUGUCCACACGAGAGGCGGCCAUCAGUAGCAGUGGAAGGAGCGGCACCGGAGUGACAUGUGUCACGAACGGCUUGUAGGUCUGCAGCAGGGAGCCGUAGACCAAGCACACCGAGGGGUCGCUCAUGUCCCUGGCGUGGGGGAAGAGGCUGCUCUGCGGGUGCAGGUUGACGAAGGCCACGUAUCGCGUUACAAACACGCAGUCCUGGGACGAUGCCUUGGCCUGGUUGGAGGGGUGGGGCAGGGCCACAUUGGGGUACAGCGACAGACAGACGAGCACGCGGAGGAAGCUGAGCUCCUCCCUCGUCAGCACUCGCAGUGUCUGGCUGAGAUCGGCUCGCGUGGCGUACUUGAGCUCGAAUUCCAAGUGCCUCUCGAGGACCCGAGAGCUGACCCCCUCCAUCCCCAGGUGACCUCUGUCACCAUCCGGCCGCACGCGCACCUUCUUGUCGCGUUUCCUCUUCCGACUAGCACGGGGCUCCUCCCUCUCCUUGCCCUCCCCGCCGCUGCCCUGGUCGUUGUAGUCGUCCUCGGCCUGCUCCGAAUAGCGUGUGGCGCCACCGCCAAUGUCCUCAUCCUCCACCAGAGCCCCUUCGCCGUCCUCGAGUGCGAGCUGCCUCUUCUCCCUCCGGCCCUCACUGGCCUUGAGCUGCCGCAACUCACGACGCAUCUCGUCACGCCGCUGCUGCUCCUCAUCACCCUCCUGACGCGGGGCCGUGUCGUCUACGGCUCCGCCAAUGGCCGUCUCGAGGGCAUUCAUGGCGUCGUGUCGCCGCUUCACGUUGCCGAGGCCUGGACGACGCCUCCGGGCCUGUGAGUCGGGACCCACUCCCUGCUUGAUGACGUCACACAGCUGGGAGGAGAGCUUGGUGAGUUCGAACAUCCUCUGCUCGUCCACACCGUGCUGGCGACACCACGAGUGCGCCUUGCGGCUUCCGCCGGCGAGCUCUCGACCCACAUAGGGCUGGGCGUCCCGGGUGGUCCCGCUGUUGGUUGAGGUGCGCUGCUGCAGCCAUGCCGUGUAGACAUUGUGUGUGGUGAAGAGGUCGCCCAGCUUGGGGCCCUUCUUGGGGUUCAUCCCAGACACGCUUGUGUCGUCGCCGUCUCUGGAGACACCCGAGAAGUGGUGGCCGCCUGGCUUGGGGACGAAGGGUGAGUGGAGGGACAUAGCCGCCGCCAAAAUCGACGCAUGAGACAGCUUCUUGAACAGAAGCGCAAUGAUCAGCAGCUUGCCGACUACAUUGCAUACACCAACCAACAGGCAAAGACAAAAAUGGAACGAACAAGUGAGUUGGUGUCCACUUGGAGUGUGUGGGUGUGGCUGCACACCUGAGAUGGCGACGGGCAGCCUGCUCAGCACCCGUCCGAGCGGCGUGAGGCGGAGUGUCUUGCCUCCCAGAAGCUUGCUCACGAUCACACUCGUGGGCCAGGUGUUGUCCAUGUCUGCUGCCGCGUCUGCCGCAGGCGUCUCAUCAGCGAUGGCCAUCAAAUCAGCGUCCGUCUUGAGCGCUGCCUUGGAGAGCACCAGUGUCUGGAUGGCCGCCUGGAUGUUCUUGACGGGCGGAUUGUCGGGCAAAUCGAACUCAUGGACGCUAUACCUGCAGUGGACGAAUGCAGCCAGCAGUGCAGCAAUCCAUCAGGGGUGAGGUGAGCGGGCGGCAUGGAUGAGAGGGGCAAGUGUGCUGGCCGGGCCGGGUUGGUUGACUGGUGUGUGUGUGUGUGUGCGUGUGUGUGUGUGUGGACAGUCGUUAGUUACAUGCAUGCAUACCCGAGUGCCAGGACCGACAGCAGAAUGCCCUCAAGCGGCACACGGUGCAUCUCGGGGAGGGCGAAUGGUUCGAACAAAUCGUAGAGACGCUGGACACAAGGAAUGAAUGCACACACACACACACACACACACACAGAGUCAAUGAAUGUCCCGCCUGCAGUCUGCGUGGCGUGACUGACCUUUGAGUAGAGUCUCCAGCACUGUCCUGGUCCCGUCCUCCCCGCCCGCCCCUUUCGCUGCUCGGCGGCGGCCUUGGAGAUCCAGCGCUCAGAGAGGUGCUUGACCGAGGAGGUCACCUCGACAUCCAUCUCCUUGCUCUUGCCGCUGUCUAUCACAAACCGAAUCCCGUCUAUUGUCACACUGGCACGCACACACCACACCAAAGCCAAGGCAGCAGCCGCGUCGAUCAUCAAUCAACGCAUCCAUGGCUGGCUGGGUGUCUGCGUAGUGGUCCCUCCCCACCUGGUCUCGGCGAUGUUUGUGGCCACGACGCACUUCCUGACCCCAGCAGGCGGCAGGUCGAACACUUUGUCCUGCAGCUCAGACCCCAUUUGGGAGUGCAAGGGCAGCACAAUCCACCUACACACAAAAAAUAUAUGCACCAACAUCAACCAACUCCUACGGUGCUGCCGCUGGUGACAUAUGUGAUGGAGGUAUGUGUAUGUGUGUGUGCAUGUAGGUACCUUCUUGUGUGUUGUGCGUAUUCCCUCAGCGCAGUCACAAGUGUGUCGAUUUCGUAGGCGCCCGAAAGGAAGACGAGGACGUCGCCUCUCUCGUCGCGCGGCACCCGCUCGUCGAUCCGCCGGAUGACGGCCAGGUACGGCUGCACAUUGAGCUCUGUCCGCCGUAUGCGCGUCAGAAUGUCGGUACGGAUGGUCUCGGGCUCAUCUGCAGACACAAGGGCGGGGCGGGGCGGGGCAGGCAGCAGAGAGAGAGAGAGAAACUUCCAUCCAUCCAUCCACCAAAAUGAAUGUCAUGUUAGCUAUUUGUCUUGACAUGCCUUGUUGCGGGAUGUUUUCCACACUGACAGGGAAGGUCCUGCCGGGAACGCGCAGAAUCGCCUCGUCCGGGAUGCCGAAGAAACUGAGAACAGAAACAGUCCCCAUUGUGUGUGUGUAUGGAUGCGUGCGGUGUUGCUCGUUGACUUGUCCGUCCCUCACUUGGCGAACAGUCCGGUGUCUAUGGUGGCGCUCAUGAGCACGACUCGAAGAUCAGGGCGCUGCGCGAGUAUUUGCUUGAGCACCCCCAGCAUCAGAUCCAUGGUGAUGUGCCGCUCGUGGACCUCGUCCACGAUGACCACAUCGAAGUCAUUCACGGUGCCGUCGCCCUCAAGCAGCCGCAACAAGAGCCCCUCAGUCACAAACAAGAUCUGACAUGCAGACCCCAACAACCAUUGAUUGACUUGCCCGCCGUGUCUGUCUCUCUCUGUAGGUAUCAUCCAUCCCGUGUUGGUUGAUUCACCUUGGUGUGUUGUGUUCUGGUGCUGUCGAAUCGGAUUUGGUAGGCGAUCCUGCUGCCCCAUGUCUGGUGGGUCUCCUGCGCCACUCGCCUGCACCACAUAUGGGAUGUGAUGGCUGGAAUAAUGAGUGAAUGCACGCGGCCAUCUGUCUGCAGAUCUGUGUGUGGGCUGUCUGUCAUCUCAUCCAUGUGACUGGCCUGCAUAAGCUGAUAGCGGCGAUUCGCCUCGGCUGGGUGCAGAUCAUCGAUUCGAAGUCCCUCGACCUCAGCAAGUACUGAGGGACCUGUGUCGACUUGCCACAGCCAGUUUCUCCUUGGAUGAGAACAACGGGGAAUCGCUUGACGGCCGCGACAAUCUCUCUCUCGUACGCAGCGAUGGGCAAUUUGGCCCUGUCCUCGUCCAUCUUGCGACGCUUCUCGUCCUCGCUCUUCUUUCUGAAGGCCCUGUAGUGCUCUAUCGCCCUCUGAAACUCCAGGAGGUCACCCUCCAGCUCCUGACUCACACUGUCGCUCAGUCCGCCGCCCCUCUCUCGGCCCCCCCGCUGAGCCAACGCAGCCACGCUUCGCCGUGCCCGAUAGAGGACGUCAUCAGACAGGCGCUUGCGACCACCGCCGCCGCCCUUCUGGCCCUGGUCGUCGUGUCGGCGCUGCAGCAGCACCAUGUACUUGUCAAAGAAUGUAUCAAACUCAGGCUCACGGAUCUCCCUCUCAUCGGGGAAGAUGUCACUGCACAGCGCACACACCAACACACAGAGAGUGCCCGACUAACGAGAUGGUUUGGUUAUCUUUCACCAGAGGAGCUGCCGUGAAUUCUGCCACAGGUCCUUCAGGCGUGAAUGCAGCGGCGGCCGGGAGGGAGGGUCAUCGAAUCGCCGCGGGGAUCUUGAUCGCGAGCGAUACCGCCGUCCUCGCGAGUAGUUAGGCUCCAUCUGGGCGGUUGGUUUGUUGGUUGGUUGGUUGGUUAGUGUGUAGCGAGACUCGUAACACCUCG